AUGUUUGUUUCCGAUAACAAUCCAUCUCCAACGUCACGGGACAUAAACAUGAUGAUCGAUGUUACAUCAAACGGAGAUCUACCACAACAACAGCAUCAGCAUCACCAGAUAAUUCUUGGAGAGAGUAGCAGCGAGGAUCACGAGAUCAAAGCACCGAAGAAACGAGCAGAGACAUGGGUACAAGACGAGACUCGGAGCUUGAUCGCGCUGCGGAGAGAAAUGGAUAACCUUUUCAACACAUCGAAGUCUAACAAACAUCUGUGGGAAGAGAUUUCGACGAAGAUGAGAGAGAAAGGGUUCGAUCGAUCGCCUACUAUGUGUACGGACAAGUGGAGGAAUAUGCUGAAGGAGUUUAAGAAAGCAAAGCAUCAAGAUAGUAAAGGAAGUGGAUCAGGAGGAUCAGCGAAGAUGUCGUAUUACAAGGAGAUUGAAGAUAUUCUUAGAGAGAGAAACAAGAAAGUGGCUCUGUAUAAGACCACUCCUGCUACACCACCACCACCAUCUUCUUCUGUUGCUAAAGUUGAUUCCUUUAUGCAGUUUACAGAUAAAGCUUUUGAAGAUACAGAGAUCUCCUUUGCAUCUGUUGAAGCAACUGGAAGGCCAACGCUAAAUCUUGAGAGGCAGCUUGAUCAUGAUGGUCAUCCACUCGCCAUUGCUACUGCUAUUCCGGUUACAGCAAAUGAAGUUCCUCCUUGGAAUUGGAGAGAAACCCCUGCAAAUGGUGGUGAUGGUCAGCCGUUUGUUGGGAGGGUUAUAACGGUGAAGUUCGGAGAGUAUACAAGAAGAGUUGGGAUCGAUGGUACUUCUGAAGCAAUCAAGGAAGCUAUAAGAUCGGCGUUUAGAUUAAGAACAAGACGAGCUCUUUGGCUAGAAGAUGAAGAACAGGUUGUUCGGUCUCUUGACCGAGACAUGCCUCUAGGGAACUAUAUACUCCAUGUGGACGAAGGGAUAGCUGUGAGAGUGUGCCACUACGAUGAGUCAGAUCCGUUACCAGUCCAUCAAGAGGAGAAGAUAUUCUACACUGAAGAUGAUUACAGAGACUUCUUGGCUCGAAGAGGAUGGACUUGUCUUAGAGAGUUUGAUGGGUUUAGGAACAUAGACAGUUUGGUUAGGAACAUAGAUAAUAUGGAUGAUCUUCAACCUGGUGUCUUGUACCGAGGUAUGAGAUGA